GCAUGAUUUUUGAAAGGUAGACAACUACCGAAGACAAAAUAUUUAUUGUUGUGUGUGAUUUAACCGCACUUGAUGCUAAAAAUCUUGAAUGUGGAACUACAAUGAAUGAAAGAAAUAUUACAAUUUUUACAUAACAGAAUAUUCUUCAAUACUUGCAUUAAAUGCAUAGCCAUGCACCGUGGACACAAUUAUGGUAGAGGUGGAGGUGGCUGGAGGGGGAAUCAUGGUAGAAAACAUGGUGGAAAAGGUUGGGACAGUAAUGACAAUGGUCGAGAAGAAAGUGGAGGUCGUGGGGAACGCCCUCCACCAGGACUUAAGGGUAGAGAAAUUGGAAUGUGGUUUGCAAGACGAAGUAAGGCCAAGAAAGAACAGCAAGAGAAAAUGAAUCGCCAGUCCGUAGUUAUGGAUCAACAAAAGGAAGCCAACAUUCGGAGCCUGCUCAAUGAUAUUAGGGAAGGAGAUAAAGUCCCACCUCAGGUUUUUCGAGGCUUUGAUAAAUUUGAAAACAGUGAAGAUUGGUGGGAUGAAAGGCCUGGUGCUUCUCAGAGCACUUCUGCAGCUAAUGCUUCAUGUGAUGAUGUCAUUGAGAGUUGGGAAGACAUUCCUGAGGAGACAAAUGAGUCCAAUCGUAAAUGGAAUCAAAAUUUAUGCCAGCCAGAAAGUUCAAUCGAAUCUAAGGCUUGUUCAUCCUCAGACUUUAGAGUGAAAGCAGAACUCGCAGAGUUGUCAUCUCAUGAUGAUCAGGAAAAGUCUGUCAGUGUACAGAAUAAUGACAGUAGCCAGGCUUUACCUUUUGCUUCUACUGCUGCAUGUGUCAAGACUGAAGAUGAGGACACAGAUGAUGAGGAACUAAAGGAAGAGGUGCCCCAGAUGGUAGCUUUACUUGAAUACAGUCGAGCUCAUGGGGAUGUCUUCUACUUAAGCGAGGAGACAACUGCAGAUUAUUUUUUGAAGGAAGAGGAUAUGUCAGCAACAGAAGAAAUGAACAGGCUGAACAAGCAGUUGAGUGAGCAAGCAGAACAACGCCUUGGUGAUAAGGCUUAUCUCAAAAUGCUGAGCUUCAGAGAGAAACUUCCAUCCUACAAGAUGAGAGAGGAGAUAGUAAGAUUGGUGCAUAACAACCAAGUUGUUGUCAUCAGUGGCGAAACAGGGUGUGGCAAAACUACUCAGGUUCCUCAGUUUAUCCUAGACGAUUAUAUUAGCAGAGGAGCUGGGUCUCAGUGCCAUGUUAUCUGCACACAGCCAAGACGCAUCAGUGCCAUAUCAGUGGCUGAACGUGUUGCAGCAGAGCGCUGUGAAAAAUGUGGAGGAGAAAAUUCAAGUGUGGGGUACCAGAUCCGACUUGAAACAUGUCAACCUCGAAGACAUGGCUCUAUACUCUUCUGUACUACUGGCAUUGUUCUGAAGUUCCUGGAAGGGGAUCCAUUGCUGAAAAGAGCAACGCAUAUUGUUCUGGAUGAGAUUCAUGAACGUGACCUGCAGUCUGAUUUCCUCAUGAUAAUCCUCAAAGACCUGUUGGCCAGCCGACCUGAUCUGAAAAUCAUUUUAAUGUCAGCUACUCUUAAUGCUGAGAUGUUUUCUCGGUAUUUCUACAAGAGUCCUAUGAUCAACAUUCCAGGCUUCACAUUUCCAGUGCAGGAGUUUUUGUUAGAAGAUAUUCUUGAAAUCAUCAGAUACCAGCCAGAUCCAGCCAAGAUCCAACAGCCCAAAAAGCAGUGCAGGUGGAAAGAUAGAGAAAAGGCAGAUGAAGAAGCAUGGAACUAUGGAGCUUGGCUGAGAAAUUUACACGGAAAAUAUUCCCGGAAAACAAUAGAUACCUGGAUCCUUAUUGUAGCCAUCAUUUACCAUAUUGUGAGAGAAAAGGAAGAUGGAGCCAUCCUUGUGUUUGUGCCUGGUUGGGAAGAAAUAAGCAAUUUGAACAAACUUCUGCAGAAGAAUCCAUUCUUCCAGUCUGAGAGGUACAGAAUCAUUCCAUUGCAUUCUAUGAUGCCCACUGUCAAUCAGCGUGAAGUAUUUGAUCGACCACCACCAGGAGUUCGCAAGAUUAUUAUCGCCACAAACAUUGCAGAAACUAGUAUCACAAUCGAUGAUGUUGUGUUCGUCAUAGACUGCGGAAAGAUUAAGGUAAAGGAUUAUCAGCCAGAGAAAAAUCUAUCCUGUCUGGAGUCAAAGUGGGUUUCCAGGGCCAACGCAAGGCAACGCCGUGGCCGAGCUGGCAGAGUUCAGCCAGGCUACUGCUAUCAUCUGUACACUGAACUGCAGUGGAUGGAGAUGGCUGAUUACAUCCCUCCUGAGAUUCUGCGUACUCGCCUGGAAGAACUCUGUUUACAGAUCAAGCUCUUGAAAUUGGGCCGUAUUGAGCCUUUUGUGAGCAAAGCCAUGCAGCCACCAUCCAUGGAGGCUCUACACAAGGCUAUUGUAAACUUGCAGGAGCUGAAUGCCCUUGAUGCAGAAGAGAACCUGCUGCCGCUGGGCAAGCACCUGGCACGCAUGCCAUUGGAACCUCACACUGGCAAGAUGAUUCUUUUUGGAGCAAUGUUCUGCUGUCUGGACCCUAUUUUGACUGUUGCUGCAAGUUUGUCCUUUAAAGAUGCCUUCUUUACACCAUUGGGCAAGGAAAAAGAAGUAGACUCAGCCAGAAGGGAGUUAUCAGGUGGCCACAAAAGCGACCACAUUGUUCUCAUCAAUGCCAUGAAGGGUUGGGAACGCAGUCUCUCAAGAGGAACAGACAAGAAUUACUGCUGGCAGAACUUUCUGUCAUCCACCACAUUAAGGAUGCUAAAAGACAUGAAGAAGCAACUGGCAGAGCUUUUGUAUGAUCUGGGUUUUUUGGCCAGUCGUAAUCCUAAGGACGGUCAAGCCAACGUUCACUCUGAUAAUAUAGGUUUGGUGAAGGCAGUGUUGUGUGCUGGGCUGUAUCCUAACGUUGCCAAAGUGAAUAAAACACCAAGGCCUGGCGCACCACCUUACAAGAUGGUCUCACUUCACACUAAAGAAAGUAAGGUUACAGUGCAUCCCAGAUCCAUCAAUUGUAGGGAGACAGAGUUCCCUUCCAAGUGGUUGGUGUACUACAACAUACUCAAGACAACUAAGGUGUUCGUUCAUGACUGCACGAUGCUGUCACCCUAUCCCUUGUUGUUUUUUGGUGGUCACAUCAAAAUUGUACAGGAUGGUCAACAUGAAUGCAUUUCAGUAGAUGAUUGGAUCGUCUUCAAAGCUUCACGCAGUACUGCUCAGUUAGUGAAGGACUUGCGACAACAACUGGACAGGCUGCUAGAGGACAAGAUCAUUCAUCCAGGUGUGACCACUUGGAGCAGAACUGAGAAAGAAGGGGCACUCAUGCACGCUAUUCUAGAACUCAUUUCGACAGAGGAAAGUGUAGGAGGAAAGGAUGCGAAAUAUCACAGAAAAAGUAGACUGGGCCACAAUUCAUAGUGAAAUGAAAAACACUGAGAGGACAGUACAAUUAUUAGUAUUUUAUUCCCACUAUAUUUUCUCUGUGUGACAGAUACAUUAAUGCUCUUUUUUAGAGAACAGUAAAUUUACAAGAACACUG